GCAAGUCCUGUGUCUCGUGGGUGACGAUGGUGGCUGACGUAUCCGUAUCAUCCAUGUCUCCAUCCCGCCAAUGGAAUCAUCUUUUCUCGUCAUGAUAACCCCACUUGUGCAUCACCCUGUUGGGAUGUCUGGUGCUGACAGACCUGAUCCGACAGUUAUUUAUUUCUGACGUGCCUCUGCCAGUCAGGACCGAAUUGAUCUUCCCUGCGUACAUUCCAAUAAAAGCCACCCACCACUCAAUCAAUAUCAACCCAAACCCUCCAAAUGGGCAUCAUCGCAGUCGCCGGCGGCACCGGCAGUGUCGGCCGCACCAUCGUCGACGCCCUCGUCGCGCGCGCCACCCACAAAGUCAUCAUCCUCUCUCGCACAGAUCGUCCCCCCCAAGACGGCGUCUCAUUGCAACCCGUCAACUACCAGGACGUGGACGCCACCGCGCGCGCCCUCGAAGCCGCCUCCAUCGACACCGUCAUCUGCGCCUUCGGAAUCGACAACCAGGCUGUCCAGGACACGCAGCUCAAGCUGAUAAAAGCGGCGGACCGCUCAGCCUGCACGCGCCGCUUUGUCGUCAGUAGCUUCGACCUGCUGUAUAAGGAAGAACACGUGCCGCUCCUACCCUGGGCGCAAUGGGCGCUGGACACGGACCGCGCCAUCGCGCAGACAGGUCUCCACUACACGCGGAUCGUGUCCGGCCCGUUCCUCGACUACUACGGCGUACCGCACUGGAAGUCGUACCUGAAACCGUUUGUCAACGCCGUCAAUGUCGGCGCCAAGUGGGCUGCGAUCCCCGGGGACGGCACCACGCCCGUCAGCUUCGUCACGAGUCAGGACAUGGCGCGGCUGGUCGCGCGGCUGAUGGACGAGGACGGCGCGCGCUGGCCGCGGGUGGCCGGCAUUGCCGGGCAGACGAGGUCGUUCGGUGAGAUCUUGGCCAUCGCGGAGAGGGUGCGCGGGGGGAAGUUCUCUGUCGUGUAUAAUUCGUUGGAUCGGCUGCGCAGUGGUCAUAUCUCGUUUCCGGAUUUCGUGGAGACCGGGUUGGAGGAGCCCGACCCGUCGAACGAGUGGAUCUUUGCUACCUUUAAUUAUCUUUCUGCUACGGGGAACUAUUUCGUUCAGACGGAGGAGACGCUCGAUGCGCGGUUCCCUGAGGUCCGCAUCACGACGGCGGAGGAGGUGAUUGAGGAGUCGUGGGGAGGUCGUUGAUGGGUAUCAGGUUUCUAGCCUACGUCUAUCCCAAAGUCUUGUCUAUUCUUCUCCCCGAGUACAUGUUAAUCAUAAAAAAAUAACUAUCUUGAGGGCAUCAAUCAUAUCAAGCCCGACCAAAGGUCGUUCGGUAUUUUGGCGCAGUGGCUGGGAUAAAAACCCCAAAAAGAAACAUAUAUAUAAAG